AUGGAAUUCAAAUCUCCUGCAGUCACCAAACAUAAACUUAUCCGCCUUCAGUUUUAUAGUUGUCCACCAAGUGAUAUUAUCGAACUAAAUGAACUAGAAGAUUAUGCCGUUCAUCGUAUUCGAGUGCUAAAAUGUGUCGAGGCUGUAGGGCAAGAUUGUAUUCGAGGCACAAAGGAUUAUGAUGAUAAAAUGGUAACGGAGCUAACAAAGAUAAGUGGCUUCGGGAAGAUAUUUACUUCUUCUUCUUCCUCCUUAAAGAAUGCACAGGAAGACAUUCACAAGGACAUUGUUUCCCACUUUAUUCUACAGGUUGCUUACUGCCGUAGCGAAGAUCUACGUCGAUGGUUUGUUCAGCAAGAAGUAGAUUUAUUUCGAUUUCGAUUUCUCAAUGAACGUAACAAUUCUGCUUUUGGUUCAGAAGUUAUUUCAAGAUUUCUCCAUGAAAAUCAUCUCCAUUUCACCCUUAUGUCCGAUUCCGAACGAACAAACUUACUGAAUCAUUUAAUAGCAGGUACAGCUACUGCGGGAAUUGAUCAUAAUACUACCGCAUUUUACAAAGUUCAUUUUACUGAAGUUCCGGAUCUUAUUCGAUCUAGACGAGUUUUUGUACAGGGUGGAUAUGCGUUUGUACCAGAACCUGACUUAGUCAGUCUUGUUGUUUCCUGUUUUCGUACUAGUUUAUCACGCAACUUAGCGCACCUUGGAUUGACUUUGUGCUCCAGAAUAGCAUGUGAAGAAAAUCGGGUUUUGCCCCUGUUAUCAUCUUUAUCCAAUCGUUAUCUUGGUGAGGACUAUUCAACUAAAGCACCUGUUACUGGAUUAGUAAAAGCUGAUGAUAUAGACGGUUUCUCGAGACAACCAGGCCUUUUCCCACCCUGUAUGGCACAGUUACAUGAAGCUCUCAAAAUACAUCACCACUUGCGGCAUUCCGGUAGAAUGCAGUACUGUCUAUUUUUAAAGGGUAUUGGAUUACCUCUGGAAGAGUCACUUAAGUUUUGGCGCAAAUCAUUCUCUCCUAAAUAUGACAAUGAUCAAUUUAAUAAAGCUUACGCCUACAACAUCAGACACAAUUAUGGAAAGGAAGGAAAACGUGCAGAUUAUACACCUUAUUCUUGUAUUAGGAUUGUCUCAGGCAGUGCUCCAGGAGCGGGAGAUUAUCACGGUUGUCCUUUUCGGCAUAUGGACCCUGAACUUCUUCGCCAACGUUUACUGUCAGGUGGUCGUCUGUCGUUAGAUAUUGUGGAAACAAUUGUACAGCGAGCAAAAGAAAGACUUUACCACCUAAGUUGUCGUGAAUAUUUACGUGGGAUGUUAAAAUUGAGUGUAGACGAUAUAUCUGGAAUAACCAUUCACCAUCCAAAUCAAUAUUUUGAAGAAGCUCGAAAGAUAAUACAAGGUAACAAAAAUAACCCUACAGUUGACAAAAUCCAUGUGAAGAAAGUUAAAUUGUAUAACGGUGAUGAUGACGACAGGCUACUUCAAGCUAUUGACAUUAGUGAUGCAAGUUUUACCUCAUCUAAUGAGAUUACUGUUUCUAGACGUUCAUUUUUAUCCUCACCUAAUAAUUUAAUUUACGAUGCUACAAAAAAUCGUAUUGCAAAACUAAAUGUCUUUAUUCGUAUUAAGAGGUCAAAUAUUGAGUAA